CUAAAGGGUGAAACCAUGAGGCUUUUUAAGAUGCCAUCUGACUUUAUCACUGGUUAUUUAACUUAUUUGGAUCAAGUGAAGCUCAACAAAUUCAUACUGACAUAUAUAAUUUGAUAUUGAAGUAUGUUGAAUAUGUUUACGUACAGAAAAUGAAAUCUAUGUACCCAUUAACCCUUGACAGGGGCUGCGCAAACAUUUGGAAGAAAUUCACUUUAAUUGGCCGCACACGUUGGACACGUGCUCACGUGACUACCUGUUGGUGAGGUCACACCUUGUGAGCAAUUACUAAUCGUAACUUCUGUGCGCGGCGCGAGCUGUUUUGUCUGCUGGUGUUUGUUUCAAGUAAAAAAAAAAAAAAAAAAAAAAAAACUGGGUCAUCUUCCUGAAGGGGCCGAAAACAUCGCCGGACUGGAGCUAGAAUGAACGGAAUGGUUUGGGGAUUCCUUCAUCACCUGCCACGCGUUAUGGAGUCCGACGGCAAAAGUUUCCAGCCCUGGCGAGACUACAUGGGACUGUGUGAUACAAUCAGAGAUAUCUUGGGUCGCAGCACCGUCUCCGAGUCCUCUCAGCCUGUGUCCAAAGCUCAUCACACGGAGUGUGACAUGAGCCGAGCUAUGGUAUCUUUGCGCAUUAACGCAGCUCGCCAAAGUGGCCUCGGAGCAGAGAGUGCGCCGGAUCCCUGCUCCCGCGAAUGUGCACUAACGAGUUCCCCUGCUCGCAUGGAUCCAGUGGAUGGUGUGGCGUAUGCACCAAACGCAAUCGAUCUGAAAUUGAUGCAAAACCCGCCGGGCUCCCGGGGGCCAAAAGAUCGAAAGAAGACGAGUCGUUUCAAAACACCCGAGGCAGUCUUACCCACUCCUGACCGCAUGUUCUGCAGCUUUUGUAAACACAACGGAGAGUCUGAGCUGGUCUACGGAUCCCACUGGCUGAAGAACCAAGAAGGAGAUGUUUUGUGUCCCUUUCUGCGGCAGUAUGUGUGUCCUCUGUGUGGCGCCACAGGGGCCAAAGCUCACACCAAGCGUUUCUGCCCCAAAGUGGACAGCGCAUACAGCUCCGUGUACGCCAAGUCCAGACGCUGAACCAGCAGGUGGCAAGGAGCAAUAAGACACUACACAGAAGGCAGGACCCUCGUUUCGUUUAGUGUGACUUUAUUUUUUCUAUUUGUGUAUUUAUUUUAGCACUAGUGUGGUUUUGCUUUUGUGUGCUUUUCAUUUGCAUGCUUUGGUUCGUUUGCUGUGUAGCUGAUUAGAGUUUCUUUGCAGCUGGUCCUGCCAGCCUAAAAUACCUCAGCUGUUUGGAUUUGUGAGGCACUUUCAAGAACGACUGCCAGAUUUUAUGUUUGGGAGGAGGUUUGAAAAAAAAAAAGAAGACAUGUUUCAAAAAAUUAUUGUAUGUUUCUUUCACAUACUUUUAAAACGUGGCCAGCUGAUGUCCAGUUUCAUAUUUCCUGUCCAUGCAUUGAAGGAUUAUAACACUGUCAAACAUUAUAAGAGAUGCAGUCAUAAUUAAUAACUCUACUAAAGCAGGUAAAGCAUCAUGUGACCAUGUCAGCAUUUUAAAUUUUUAAAAAUGAGUGACUAGUUCUUGUUCCUCUGAUGUGUGCAAGUAGACCUCUGUUCUUGAGGAUAGAUUAUUUUAUUUUGAAAACUGUAAUUGUGGCUUUUCUAAAAAUGUUAACGCCGUUGUAGCUCUUUGUGGAAAAAGUCUGAAAAUUUCUCUGUGGCUAUUCUUGUGUGCUAAAAAGUUAUAAAUAACUAAAUUGGCUAA